AUGAAACACCACACGCAUUGUAAUGCCAGCGUACCGCUACUAUGGAUGCUGCUGAUGCUGUUAAGCGCCUGUGGGUGCUUCGCCUCGCGUGAAGAAAGUCCCACGUUUGACGGGCUCCCAAGAGGAAAGGCCCGCUCAGGUUCUGUGUCUGUCGUGCAUGAGCUUCCGGUUCAGGGUCAAGGUGCAUGGCAGACGUACACCGUUGCUGCGGUUGAAGAAAACUGGGCGCCAAUCCGCAUCCACGCGUCCGCAGAGGAUCUAAAGGACACGUCGAAAUACCUUUGCACGCAGGAAUCCCAGAUGCGUCGCACCUUUUCUAAAAGUGAGGUGCAGGUGUCCUGUGAGGCUGAGGAUGUCGUCACGAGCGAAAAGAAUAAGCUCCUCGUCGACACAAUGAUACCCAAGGCUAUCAAGCUGCACACCGAUCGCCUUCAGGUGCGGAGCGUGAAGGGGAAUCUAAAGAUCGCUCCAUUCUAUAGCACGCAGACCUGUUCCAAGUUCACUGUCCCACCCACGCACCACACGGAAGGUGUGCCCAACGCUGACUUUGUGCUGUACGUCGCCGCUGCGCCUGGUCCCAUUUUUAGUGACACAUGCUCCCGGGAUACUGCUGCUGCAAGGGUUUUUGGCCUGUGGGGGAGGCCCAUAUCUGGUGGCUUGAACUUCCGGCCCUCCCUCAUCACUGGAAUGCGAUACCACGUAAGAAUUGCAGCGCAUGAGAUUGCGCAUGCGCUUGGAUUCACCCGAGGAGCAAUGGGCCACAGCAGCGCCAAUAUCGUCAAAUAUGAAAUGAAGAGACGGAACACCGAGGAAUCGUUNUCUGUGAUAUCAAAGAAGACAGUGGAGGCGGCGCAACAGCAUUACAGCUGCAAGACCCUUAAGGCUAUGCCUCUUGAAGUUACUCAGGCCAACAGAUUGCACUGGUCACGGCGCGUCGCGAAGGACGAGUUGAUGAGCCCGUAUGUUGAUGUUUCCAGUGGCGCAUAUUACACGGCACUGACGAUGUCUGUGUUCCAUGAUUUGGGAUAUUACCGCGCAAACUUCAGCAUGGCAGAGACGAUGAGUUGGGGAAAAGGAUCCGGCUGCCCUUUUGUUCAGGGUAAGUGCAUCGAGAACAACGUCACCGAGUACCCCAGCAUGUUCUGCACAGCCACCUCAGAGGCCUUGCGAUGCACAUCCGAUCGCUAUGCACUGGGGAGUUGUGUCAUGGAGAAGUACCCGAUUCUCCCUGAGCAGUACACGUACUUCGGUAAUUUGCGCCUGGGGGGUCCCGAGAGUUCCAAAAUGAAGCACUGCCCUAUCAUAACGCCCACCUACGAUACGCUUUGUGCAGAUGGGGAUGUGGAGGGGAUGCCUGGGAGCGUUGUGGGCGCCAAGUCCCGGUGCCUGACGGGUGACGGAAUUGUGCUGAAGAACCCUGUGGAGGGCAGUCGGCCCGUUGGUGAUGUGUGCGCAAAUGUGAAGUGCGAAAACGGCGCCGUGCAUGUGCGGUACAAGGGCGCGGCGGAGUGGCUCGUGUGNGCGCAAAUGUGA